CGGAAUUCCCCAAAGCACACCGGAGCGCAGCGACAAAGCCUCCGUUCCUUCCUCUUGGUUGGGUGCUCGUCCUUUUUCGUUUUCGUUUCGGAAGGCCUUUUUCACCGGUCGUUUGCAGCGCAGCGCACCGCAACGCACAAGGAUGCAUUCCCGGGCGGCGGCGCGGGCAGCAAGAAUCGCCACCCGCCUUUCGGGCGGAAGAACGCACGGACCGGCCCCCCGCGGCGCAAGCGUCCUCUCGAAGAACGACCGCAGCGUUCGCGCUCGUCACCUUGGAGAUCGCCUCGCGGAAGGGAGGACCCCCCCCUACCGGGGCCUGUCGUCUGCGGCGGCGGAGGCAAAGGGGGAAGGCCCACCGGCCCCCCGGAGGAGGGCCCUGCCCACCAAGGACCCGAUCGUGCUGGUGCGUACUUUUGGCCGUCGUUGUGCCCCAACCGUGUUUUGGUGUGUUGGUUUGUGUUUGGCGAUUGCUCGGGUGUUCUUUGUUUGCAGUCGAGUUGGGUUGGGGUUGGGGUUGAGUCGAGUCGAGUCGAGUUUAGGUUGGUUCCGGUUCUGGCUUGCGGCGGCAGCACGAUUCCCGAGUGACCCCUCGGGCGUACGAAUCGAACCGAACCGAAUCGCGCCGAGUUGCGUUGCGGCAUCCCAACUACCAGCAACCCAACCCCUGUUGGAAUCCCGCUCGAACGCUCGGUUGUCAAUAGAUUGCGACGGAUCCAACGAAUUCCAAAAUCGAAACGACCAACACUCACCGUUUUCUUGCCUUGCGUUCCCGUGCACCAACACUUCGUAUCGCCGUCGUCCGGGGGAAUCGGAUGCGACGAAACGAAACAAAACAAAACAAAACAAAACAAACCGAAAUGCGAUCACGCGAACAAACGAUUGCGAUUCAACGAAACGACAAUCGACAAACGAACGAUCCAAAACCGCAACACAACACACAGACGGAACAGGCGGCCGAGCGGAUAAAGGCAAUCCUGGAGGGAGACAACGCCAGGGGAGCGGUCGGGAUCCGGCUGGGCGUCAAGCGCCGGGGCUGCAACGGCCUCUCGUACACCCUCAACUACGCCUUUGAGGAGCCGGAGAAGGACCUCAGGAUGGAGGCCCACGGGGUCACGGUCUUUGUCGAGCCCAUGGCRCUCUUCAACGUCGUCGGGACCGUCAUGGACUGGGAGGAAACCGAGCUCUCGAGCGAGUUCACCUUCAAGAACCCCAACUCCAAGGGCGAGUGCGGGUGCGGCGAAUCCUUCACGGUGUGAAACCAAACCAAACCAAACGAGGAGAGGCGAAGCGCAACCAACCACGAAACGGAGCGAUGGGACGCGCACUUCCAUACAUUGCAAUGCGAUCGUUGCCAUGCGGUGGAAUGAAAUCGCUGCGACGCGAUACGAGGCAAUGCCUUGUUUUGGGAACCGAUCGGGCGGCUUGCGUGCGUGCGUGUGUGUGUUUGUGUGUGCCUCCGCCACCCUUCGUCUGUCUUCGAAUCGCAAAACGAACGCACUCCCUGCCGCGAAACAAUCGAACGCAAUCACGUCGUGGCGUUCCCGCUGUCUCAUCUAUGUACGAUACAAUACGAUACGAUACUACAUACAAAUAAGAAUACAUCAAUUAA